UUGAGUAACACAAUGCAAUCGCAUGCGGCGAUGCGAAUUUUCGGUGGACUGCGGAUCCGGAGCUCCAAUUCCCCUCUUUGUCCUCUGCGGAUCUUCUUCAGCUCCAAUUCCCGAUACGUGCCUGCUCACGAGCCCCCCAAGGAUUCCGAUUACCGCCGGUUGGAACGGUUUCUUGAAGGUAAACAGUACAUUCUCGUGCUGACCGGAGCGGGAAUAUCGACCGAAUCCGGCAUACCGGACUAUCGCUCCGAAGGUGUAGGACUGUACGCUCGCUCGAAUCACAAACCGAUCCAGCACGACGAUUUCAUCAAAUCGGAUGCUACCCGCAAGCGCUACUGGGCCCGGAACUACGUCGGUUGGCCUCGGUUUUCAUCGGUGGCACCGAAUGUUACGCAUUACACACUUGCGCGUCUGGAACGGGAGGGUAUCGUCGGCGGCAUAGUGACACAGAACGUCGAUCGACUGCACGGCAAAGCAGGCUCGAAAGAAGUGAUAGAGCUGCAUGGCAGCGGUUAUGAGGUCAUUUGUGUGGGCUCUAACUCUAUCAAAGGAAAGGGUUGUGACUAUCGCAUCGAUCGGCAAGAAUUUCAGCGAAUUCUGGACCAGCUAAAUCCGGCACAGGAAGACGGAUCGACGAUGAUGCGACCGGAUGGUGAUGUCGAGCUGUCGCAGGACUACGUGGAACACUUCACGGUACCACCGUGUCCACAAUGUGGUGGCAACCUCAAGACGGAUAUUGUGUUCUUCGGCGAUAAUAUACCCAUGGAGAGAAUCAGCAAAGCCGUGCGUAUGAUCAUCCAAUCGGACGGGGUGCUCGCACUCGGAUCGAGCUUAACCGUGUUUUCCGGUUAUCGCAUUGUACUGCAAGCAAAAGAGCUGGGUCGACCUGUGGCCAUCGUUAACAUUGGAGAAACUCGUGCUGAUCCGCAUGCUGAUUUGAAAAUUUCAGCCCGUUGUGGAGAAGUGAUGGCGAACUUGUUCAAACCGCGGUAACAGUUUCGAGUUCUCCGUUUGUAGACAGUGAAUAGUUGUACCUUUACUUUGUUUUUAUUUUCUAAUGAAUAUAUAGUUGCGUAGAGAAUUGUUAUUCCCUUGCUGUUGAAAAAUGCUGCGAAAUAUCAAAUCCAGCGUCGUACUUCCAUCUGGCCUUAUGUAUGAUUUAUUAUCACCAGCCGAUUUCUGUGGUCGAGAUUAUCUACGAACAUCAUACGAAAUGUCUCGUUCUUUAGGGGGAUUCAAGCGUCCCGUUUUCGUAUGCAGU